ACAAAAAUAAAUCACGCCAAGACCGAAAUGAUAUCAUCAACAUGUUCACCUAUCCUGAGUUCCACACAACCGAAGGCUGUUAUGAUGAUCCGAGCAGUCCGAAACCCCAAAGCAUUGGAAAAAACCACUUCAUUGAAGAUGCAUUCAUCGCCCCUUAAAUCCAUGAAAACUUCAAUCCUUCACUCCUUUUCCAACUUCAUUGAUCCGCCUCUCAACCCUUCCGUCGACCCGACGCAUGUCUUCAAGGGAAACUUGGCUCCGGUGGACGAAAUGGAGCCAACCGACUGUGAAGUAAUCGAAGGUGAGCUUCCACUCUGUUUAAAUGGCGUUUACAUCCGAAAUGGUCCAAACCCACAACUCCAACCUCGUCGUGCUCUAAAUUUGUUCGAAGGCGACGGCAUGCUUCACUCGUUGAGGUUAUCAAAUGGCAAGGCAACGUAUUGUAAUCGCUACGUCAAGACUUACAAAUACUUGGUCGAAAAAGAAGUUGGUUUCCCUAUCUUUCCAAAUAUGUUAUCGGGCCUGUAUGGCCUGCUUGACGUUGCUCGUUUGUCCAUAUUCAUAAAGAGACUGGUAACGGGGAAUCUAGAUAUCCUGAAAGGGAUGGGGGUCGCCAACACUAGCGUGGCCGCCGUUUCUGGUAAACUUUUGGCUUUAUGCGAGUCUGAUUUACCAUAUAUAGUCAAUGCAACUCAAAAUGGUGACAUUGAGACUUUGGGACGUUGGGAGAUCGAUAAAAACUUGCACUCCAACAUGACUGCACACCCCAAAGUCGACAGUGAAACAAAGGAGACAUUUGCUUAUUCAUGGAGCUUUAAAACUCCGCAUCUUACCUUCUUCCGCAUCGACGAAAAGGGUGUUAAACAAAACGAAGUGCCCAUUUUUUCCGUGCAUAGACCAAGUAUAAUUCAUGAUUUCGCCAUUACCAAGAGGUUCGCAAUCUUUCACGAGACACAGUUAUCUUUUUCAUUGUCAAAAGUGUUAACCGGAAGAGGUUCCCCUUUGGUUUAUGAACCAGAUAAAACUACAAGAAUUGGAAUCAUCCCACGGUACGCUAACAGUGACUCAAAGAUGAAGUGGUUCGAGGUUCCAAGAUUUAAUGCAUCUCACAUCGUAAAUGCUUGGGAAAAUGGCGAGGACGAGAUCAUCGUGGUGGCAUCAAACAUUUUGUCUUUGGAAAAUUUUUUAGACAGCAUGAAACUGGAUGUUGUUUUGGAGAAGGUAAAGAUUAAUACCCAGACUGGAAAUGUUUGCAGAAACCUUCUCUCAACAAGAAAAUUGGACCUUGGGUCUAUAAAUACUAGCUAUAUGGGAAAGAAAACCCGAUAUGCAUAUCUUGGUGUGAUUGAAGAGGUCCCUAAAAUGUCAGGUUUGGUGAAGAUUGACUUGGAAACUGGGGACGAAGUUGGAAGAAGAUUUUAUAGGGAUGAUUGUUUCGGAGGAGAGCCAUUGUUUGUGAGAAGGAAUGUUGGAGAUGAUGAAGAUGAUGGAUUUGUGAUGACAUUCGUUCAUAACGAGCGAACGGAUGAAUCAAUGUUCCUUUUGAUGGAUCCUAAAUCGCCCGAUUUCGCUACCAUUGCAGCAGUUAAGUUACCUAGGCGUGUACCGUAUGGUUUUCAUAGCUUAUUUUUUACUAAUUCGAAAAUUCCUAUUUAAUUUUAAGUUACUGUGACAUGCUUAAUUAAUCAAAUCACAUGUAAAGUCAAUUUCAUAUGAAUAUAUUUUUCUUAAAAAGCUAAUUAAAAAAAUAA